GUACCAUCCAGUUGUAGUUCGACGAUCGAUCGGUGCAGUCAUCUGUGGUUCUGGUGAAGUUUUGCAUUACAAACAUGACCAACGCGACGUUCCGCUUGGUCCAGCUUGGUGUACUGGUGGCGGUAAUUGCAGUUCUAGCUUGCGCCUCUUCUGUUGACCAUGAUGGCAGCUACGGGGGGUUCAAACUUUUCUCCGUGCGUCAAGCAGAUGAGGCGGCCGUGAAGCAUCUCCGGGAGCUGCAGUUAUCGAACGAUGAGUUGGAUUUUUGGAAGCUCGAUCGUAUCGCUGGUUCAGAGGCACACGUUCUUGUCCCUCCGUCCGAGGUGCAACCGUUCGUCGCCGAUCUGCUCAAGAACCGCAUUCAGUUCCGCGAACUUAUUUCCGAUUAUGGAAGAAUUAAGAACGAAAACCCACGCUACAGCUCAUCGCGCCGGUGGUCGAACAAGAGCCCAAUCUUGACCAAGUAUCUGCGGCACCAGGAAAUCAACGAUCUGCUCGAAUCGUAUGCCAAGCGGUAUCCCAGCUUUGUAUCGCUCAAGGAGAUUGGCCGAUCGUACGAAGGACGUUCGAUCAAAUCCAUCACGAUCCGUUCACCGGUCGUCGCGGCAUCCCGCAACGCAUCCCGACCGAUCGUUCUACUCGAUGCCGGAAUUCAUGCCCGGGAAUGGGCCGCACCAGCGACGGCCAUGUACGUCAUCAGUGAGCUGGUGGAAAAUGCGGCCAAACACCGGGAUCUGCUCGAUGGGCUAACCUGGAUCGUGGUUCCGGUGGUCAAUCCGGAUGGGUACGAGUAUAGCCACACGGGCAAGCGACUCUGGCGCAAAACACGCCGCCCAACGGGCCUGAGCUGCUUCGGUAUCGAUGGUAACCGGAACUUUGAUUUCCACUGGUCCGAAAUCGGUUCCUCCGAUAGUCCGUGCUCGGAUACGUUCCACGGUGAGCACUCAUUCUCCGAACCGGAAACGCAAGCCAUCCGGAACGAGCUGCUGCGGUUGAAGGGAAGCUGUAAGUUUUAUCUGACGCUCCACUCGUACGGUGAAUAUCUGCUGUACCCGUGGGGAUGGACCUCUAAGCUGCCCGAGGGAUGGGAGACGAUCGAUGAGGUGGCAAGGGCUGGGGCAGAUGCCAUCCAUGAUGCGACCGGAACCUCGUACCGGGUCGGUAGCUCGACCAAUGUGCUCUAUGCUGCCGCCGGUGGUAGUGAUGAUUAUGCGUUCGCCGUUGCUGAAGUGCCGAUUGCGAUCACGAUGGAACUGCCGGGUGGUGGGAAUGCUGGCUUCAAUCCGCCGGUCAGUCAGAUCGAGGAAAUUGUAAAGGAAUCGUUCGUUGGCAUUCGGGCGAUGGCGCUCGAUGUGGCUCGAAAAUAUGCCUAAGCGGGCUGUUGGCAAGGAUUUGCAUGCAGUCGUGCGAUGCUUUAGUUGUGUUUAUAAUGCCUGAAAUAUAGUCUAUGAAAACUCCAA